CGGGUGAUGGGGGCACCACAGUCUCACUAAUCACACUACAUAACUUAUUCAUGUAACCAAAUACCACCUGUUUCCCCAAAAACCUGUGGAAAAACAUUUUUUAAUGGACGCAUUCAAAAUGUAAUUUGUUUCCACAUUCUUGUAAACCUCAUUAGAUGUCUCAGGGACAGUUAAUGUCGUCAUACCAAUUCACAGGUGAAAAAAAUGGGAUCACAGAGAGUUUGUGUACUUUCCCUAAGGAGAGUGAGGGGUGAGGCAAAUGCAUUCUAGAAGCCUGGGUCUAGAGUUCUCUCGUUUGCACUAUAUUAUUUCUGUAAAUUUCUAACUUAAGACUGUAUAGAAAUGUAGAGCAAGACAGAACUAAAGCUCACUACUCUUAGCCCAUAGGGGAGUACUGACUACCCAGGGCUUGGUAAGUGCUCAGUAAGAUUUGUUGAAAGAUGAAUCAAUAUUUCAAUGCUGGGGCAAAGCAGUGAGAAACUGGGGAACAUCCAGGAACCAGCCACCAGGAUGAGGCAGGACUAGGAUGAAUGCAGCAGUUCUCACAGGUCCACCAGGUCAACAACAGAGAGAUCAGAAGCCAAGGUGGCUCUUGUUUGAUCAAGGACCUUUUGUAUACAGACCUGUAGGCUGUGGCACAGUCGAUGUGUGAGUCGUAGACAAGCUACUUGAGAGUGGUUAAUGGUAGCAGACAGGCGUUUGGAGCCGGAGAGAAGGCUGAUUCUCCUAAACAAGUAUCAGUUUGAGCAGGGACUUAAAGCUUCAGAAGUCUGAGCAGCAAAGCUGAGACCAGGCUCCUUGGGACAGGCUGUUCAUAUGCAUAAUUGAGUUUCAGUGAUGAGUCUCAGAAGGAAAAUGUGUAUGCCUGUUUUCCUUAAAAAUACAUUCACUUAUAUUUAGAGAAUCCUUCAGAUGUCUAAAUAUGCCUGCAAAACUUAGGCUUAUUUUUAUGACAUUAUUUGGAUAAUAAUAUGAAUAAUUCCCAGUGGAUUUACUUCCAUGUGUCCUUCAAGGAUACUCCAUUUUAUUUCAUACUUGAAGACUGUUAAUAAAUCACUCUCUAGUUAAGCACAAUUCAAUACUAAAGCACUUAGCUUAUCUGACCUGCACAUUAAUUAUUUUUAUUACAGCACCAGGAACUUUCAGCUGCUUUCCCCGCUUCCUUGUGAAGCCAUGUGGCCCUAAGGAGCCAAGGCUCCCUUACUACACUUAAGGGAGGGCUUCUUAGACAUGUGCAUGUCUUCAGAGCUUUCCCUUGAAUGUGCCAAAUAACUCCAAGUUUCCUCAGCAGAUGUAAGGGGCUUUAAAUCUACUUGAGCAUGGAUGUUAUGAGAUGACCUUGAAAUUCUUACAAAAACUGAAAGUGAAAUGAGGAAGACAGAUUGAGCAAUCCAAUCGGAGGGCAAAUGCCAGCAAACCUACUGUGCAGUAGGGGUAGAGAUGCAGAAAGGCAGAAAGAAGAAAAUUCAGGAGAACCCUCCUGAGGGGUGAGCCGAGCCCUGCCAUGUAGUGCACGCAGGACAUCACCACACACAGAUAACAGGAAAUGAUCCAUUCCCUGUGGUCACUUAUUCUAAGGGCCCCAACCUUCAAAGUUCAAGUAGUGAUAUGGAUGACUCCACAGAAAGGGAGCAGUCACGCCUUACUUCUUGCCUUAAGAAAAGAGAAGAAAUGAAAUUGAAGGAGUGUAUUUCCAUCCUCCCACAGAAGGAAAGCCCCUCUGUCCGAUACUCCAAAGACGGAAAGCUUCUGGCUGCAACCUUGCUGCUGGCACUGCUGUUCUGCUGCCUCACGGUGGUGUCUUUCUACCAAGUGGCCACACUGCAAAGGGAUCUGGCCAGCCUCCGGGCAGAGCUGCAGGGCCACCACUCAGAGCAACUGCCAGCAGGGGCGGGAGCCCCCAAGGCCACCCUGGAGGAAGCUCCAGCUGUCACCAUGGGACUGAAAAUCUUUGAAGCACCAGCUCCAGGAGAAGGCAACCCCAGUCAGAGCAGCAGGAAGAAGCGUGCCAUUCAGGAUCCAGAAGAAACAGUCACUCAAGACUGCUUGCAACUGAUUGCAGACAGUGCAACACCAACUAUACAAAAAGGAUCUUACACAUUUAUUCCGUGGCUUCUCAGCUUUAAAAGGGGAAGUGCCCUUGAAGAAAAAGAGAAUAAAAUAUUGGUCAAAGAAACUGGUUACUUUUUUAUAUAUGGUCAGGUUUUAUACACGGAUAAGACCUAUUCCAUGGGACAUCUGAUUCAGAGGAAAAAAGUCCAUGUCUUUGGAGAUGAAUUGAGUCUGGUGACUUUGUUUCGAUGUAUUCAAAAUAUGCCUGAAACACAACCCAGUAAUUCCUGCUAUUCAGCUGGCAUAGCAAAGCUAGAAGAAGGUGAUGAACUCCAACUUGCAAUACCACGAGAAAAUGCACAAAUAUUACUGGAUGGAGAUGCCACAUUUUUUGGUGCAUUCAAACUGCUGUGACCUACUUACGCCAUGUCUGUAGCUAUUUUCCUCCCUUUCUCUGUACCUCUAAGAGGAAACAAUCUAACUGGAAAUACCAAAAA